AUGCCGGUAACUUCGGACUUCGGCAAUCUCGGCCUGGAAGUUUGUCGAGAAUUUGAUGGGUACCUCGUGGAAAUACAAAGUGCAGCAGAGGACACAUUUCUUCUAUCGCUUAUUAACAACAUAACAGCCCCCAGGUACAAGAAACGAUCUAACCCCGACGUAUGGACGGGCGGUAACGACAUGUUCAGUGAGGGUCAUUGGACGUGGUUGAAUAGCGGAAUCAAGUUCACCUACACGAACUGGCAUCCAGGCAACCCGUCCAACUCGUGGGGUCAAGAGAACUGCAUGCAGUUGCACCUUUCUGGAGGAGUCUACAAAUGGAACGACAGAGACUGCCUCCACAAGACGUAUUUCAUCUGCGAGUCAGAAUCCAGCACUGAUCCAGGAGUGAUCGGAUGACGACUUCCAGGAAGCGAAUUGUAGAAACAGAACUCAGUCAAUAAAUACGUGGUGAUGAUAUUGUGCAA